AUGCUUCUCGCACACGCACUGAUUUCAAUUCGCACUGGCGACACGCAAGGAGGGCCCCGGAUGCGUUCGUGUAUCCCAAACACCUCGUACAACACCGACGCCAACAGUAGCACGCACUUGCACCAGUGCGAGGAAAAGUACCGGGACCCAGACAUGGCUCGCCAAGACAGGCUGCGCAGUCCACUGCUCGCAGACCGCCAGCUGCGUCGCGGAUAACGUCGUUACAGUCCCGUGUGGAUGCGAUGCAAUGUAUAUAGUUACCACCGAGACAACGAUCUGCCCAAGUGCAUCACCAUGUAUCGAGUGCAGCACUGGAUUUGGAUUUUGGAGUGUAACCGAGUCACCAUGCCCUGCGACAACGGCACUUUAGAGACGCGGAGGUACCUUGUGGUUUUUCUCUCUUCUAAUCUCAGUGCUCAAUCUAGACCCCCUUGGGACGCAAGGUGGACCGAGCGCUCCAUAUACCCUACCAGCCACAUAGCUUUUCGACCAAUCAAAUCGGUUGA